AUUGAAUUUUUUGUUUAGUUGCACGGAUUUCUGCUAUUGUAUCCUUCUACGACUAUCUAUGGGAAAAAUCCUCUGUUUUCCAUAUUGAUACUGAAGAUAUCCGUCUCGCAGCAGCUCGUCAAGAGUUUCAAAGAUACAUCAUGUUAUGUUGUAACAACUUCUCCAACAGUCUUCUUGAUCUCAAACCUGCGGCAAAGAAAUCUGCCAAAGUUGCUCAAGAACUGAGCGAACAGUUCAAUCCUGAUCGGUAUGAGCAGGUAGAGAAACAGAUAAAAGAUUUCUUCGAUGGUCCAAAAUUUCUCUCCAUCAUGGAAGAAAUCGAGGAAAUCCAUGAUAAGAAAUUGGAUCUGAAUCGGGAACAGUAUAUUCGACUGAAUAUUCAACUGGCUUUUCUAACUGUUCUACAGAAUGGUCAGCGUGCCAAAUUAACAAACAUCCUGAAGAGACAGGAUUUGUUUACUCAGGCCUGACACAGUGAACUGCCAGGAAUGUGGACAUUCCAGCUGAACAAAUUCUCAGCAGUUGAAGAAGGGAAGACUAAAGCAACCCUUUUUAUCAUGCUUUCAAGCAAGUUCACCAGUGCCCUGAACAAAUGGAGCAGGAUCUCAACAGAAUAUCUGAAGAGAAAUACCAACCUGGAGAUUGAUAAGACGUCGCCACUAUUUCUAAGGGAGGAUGGAAAUCCACUCCAGAUGAACAACAUCUAUAAUCUUCAGGCUUUCAAGGAGCUCGGAUUUAGCAAAGACCUGAGAUUGAAAGAUUCACGCAAGAUUCAGAGUACAGCUCUGCACAGAGCACUUCCAGCUCAGGACAAGGAGCUGUUCAUGCCCACUCGGCAGCUACUGUAA